AUGACGUUGGUACGUGGUCUGCUCGCAGUGUGCGCUAUAGCCACCGUCAGGCUGUCGCUCAUCCACGCCGAAACUUCAGAGGAACGUGCGCACAAUCUCCAGCGACUGCAGGACUUCCGUGGUCACGAGUAUUUCGUGCAGUUCGACGUGCAUCAGUCUGAGGACGAUCCAGUUAAGCUUCCCAUUCAAGAGGACUACUUCACCGACGCUAUCUUGGAUCACUUCGCUCCCGUGUCCAAGCGCUCGAAGUGGAAGCAGAGAUACCAGGCGAACGAGGAAUUCUGGGGAGGUCGUGGCUUCCCUGUUUUUCUCUACAUCGGAGGCGAGGGACCACUGGGACCCAAAGCCAUUACCAACCGCACCUUCGUUUACUAUCUGGCAGAACAGCAUCGCGCUCUGCUAUUGGCUCUGGAACACCGAUUCUACGGUAAAUCCUACCCGACCGAGGACAUGAGUCUACCCAAUCUGGCGUAUCUCUCCAGUGAACAGGCCUUAGCAGAUCUGGCUCAUUUUCACUCGUUUGUGACGGACAAAUACGGCCUGACGGAUGAGAAAUGGGUCGCGUUUGGCGGGAGUUAUCCGGGUAAUCUGGCAGCGUGGGUCAAGCUGAAAUAUCCCGCACUUUUUGCUGGAACCGUGGCGAGCUCGGCGCCGGUACAAGCGAAAACGGAUUUCUUUGAGUACAUGGAGGUUGUUGGUGAUGGCUUGCGGUACUUUGGAGGCGGGGAAUGCUACCAUGAAGUGGAAAAGGCCAUUACACAGCUAGGACAUCUCAUGGAUGAAGGACAAAAAGGGCGCGAUAAAGUUGCCGAGCUGUUCAAGCCAUGCUACCCGAUGACGAACGAGUUUGACGACUCAGUCUUCGAGUCGUCAGUGAUGGGAGCGUUCCAGGAUAUCGCACAGUACAAUGGAAUCCACGAAGGAGUCAUGACGUUGAGUGAGGUCUGUGAGCACUUUGCAAAGCCCGGAGACGCAGUGGAGAAGCUGGCGUCAUUCAUCAACAAGACGCGCGUUGGUGACUGCCUUGACUCCAAAUUCCAAGGCGCAGCGAACGGCACUGUUGAGGUGCUGAGUCGCGACCAAUUCGACGGGAAGAGCAGCGCGCGACAGUGGGUUUACCAGACGUGCAACGAGUUCGGCUACUUCCAGACCACGACGAGUGUACGCUCUCCAUUCCACGGGCUGCGAGCUGUCACGGAAGCAAACGUCGGGACUGAGAUCUGUAAGCGUGUGUAUCAAAUGGAUGUGGCUCCAGACGUCGCUGGCGCCAAUCGUGACUAUGGCUCACUCGGUAUCGAAGUGGAGCGGGUGACUUUCCCGAGCGGAACUAUCGACCCGUGGCAUGCGCUGGCAGUGCAGAACUCGACAAUACUGCACUCGUACUCGGCUGAAGCUGUGUUCAUCGAGGGAACAGCUCACUGCGCUGACAUGUACUAUCCGAGCGAACGGGACUCGCUACAACUGCAGUGGGCUCACGACAAAAUUGCUGCGAGAGUCGAAUGGUACCUACAGGACGUUGACUACAGUGAUAGACCGCUAGCGACGCCCCUCGUGCCUGAGCAAGUCCAAGCCGUCGAGUAA